AUGGAACUUAUACUUGCACCUGUAAUUCCGGAUAUACUGGAGAUGGAUUCAACUGCUCGGGUAAGACAAGAUGUUGACGAAUGCCUAAAAUCUCCACCAUGUCAUUCCAAUGCUACGUGCAAUAACACAGAUGGAUCUUAUAACUGCACAUGUAAUACUGGAUAUACUGGAGAUGGAUUCAACUGCACGGAUGUUGACGAAUGCCUAACAUCUUCCGCAUGUCAUUCCAAUGCAACGUGCAAUAACACUGAUGGAUCUUAUACUUGCACGUGUAUUUCUGGAUAUACUGGAGAUGGAUUUAAUUGCACAAAUUUUGACGAAUGCCUGAUUUCUCCACCAUGUCAUCCCAAUGCGACCUGUAAUAACACCAUUGGAUCUUAUAUUUGCACAUGUGAUUCUGGAUAUAGUGGAAAUGGAUUUAAUUGCACAGAUGUAGACGAAUGCCUAACAUCUCCGCCGUGUCAUUCCAAUGCUAUGUGCAAUAAUACAGAUGGAUCUUUUAUUUGCACAUGUGAUGCUAGAUAUACUGGAGAUGGAUUUAAUUGCACAGAUGUUGACGAAUGCUUAACAUCUUCCCCGUGUCAUUCAAAUGCUACAUGCAAUAACACAAAUGGAUCUUACCUUUGCACGUGUGAUUCUGGAUAUAGUGGGGAUGGAUUUAAUUGCACAAGUAAGUAG